ACGACAGCGUUGAAGGAGUCUUUCGUCUUCCACGUAUAGAACUAGCAUAGGGUUCCGUCAGAGGCGAAAUUGAGGCAACCAAGAGCAAGAUAAACUCCAAUGGAAGCACUGGUGUGCAGGAAGCUCGGAGAUCCAACAACUUCGACGCGAAUCGAUGAGAAUUCUCCGAUAGUACUGAGUAAGAACCAUCCGAUCCCGCAGUUGGAUUCUCCGACGUCGGUCAGAGUUCAGGUGAAGGCUACAAGUUUGAAUUACGCCAAUUACCUUCAGAUUCUUGGGAAGUACCAGGAGAAGCCUCCUCUCCCGUUCAUCCCUGGUUCUGAUUACUCCGGAAUCGUCGAUGCCGUGGGCUCCAAGGUUACAAAGUUUCGAGUCGGAGAUCGCGUUUGCUCCUUCGCCGGUGACGGUUCUUUUGCUCAAUUCAUCGUCGUCGAUGAGUCACGUUUGUUCCGAGUUCCAGAUGGAUGCGACCUGGCGGCCGCCGGCGCACUUCCGGUUGCAUUCGGGACCUCGCAUGUUGCUCUUGUACACAGGGCCAAGUUGGCCCCUGGACAGGUAUUGCUGGUGCUCGGGGCAGCUGGAGGUGUCGGGAUAGCUGCUGUUCAAAUCGGAAAGAUUUGCGGUGCAGUAGUUAUUGCUGUUGCUAGGGGAGCUAAAAAGGCCGAGUAUCUCCAAUCGUUGGGCGUUGACCAUGUAGUGGAUGUAAAUCAUCAGAACGUCAUUGAAAGUGUGAAGGGCUUCCUCAAGGAAAGAAAACUUAAAGGGGUUGAUGUUUUGUAUGAUCCAGUUGGGGGAAAGUUGACAAAAGAUUCGAUGAAACUUUUGAAUUGGGGUGCAAACAUUCUUGUCAUCGGGUUCGCCAGUGGGGAGAUCCCUGUUAUUCCCGCAAAUAUCGCUCUUGUUAAGAACUGGACGGUUCAUGGACUUUAUUGGGGCAGCCACACAAUCCAUCAACCCCAAGUUCUUGAAGAAUCUCUGAAUCAGCUAAUAUCAUGGUUAUCAAGUGGAUCAAUCCGUGUUCACAUUUCUCAUACUUAUAGCCUGCCAGAGGCCAACCUUGCCUUUUCAGCCAUAAAGGACAGAGAAGUUGUUGGAAAAGUUGUAUUGGUCAUUGAAGACAAGACUGUGAAAUCGAAGCUGUAACUUCGUCGGGAAUUCGAUCUUGAUGCAUUGAAGAAAUAAUAGCUGUAAUGUUCUGAAACUCAAGAUUUCCUUUUCAUUUUCUGCAGAAAUAAGUUUGUAGUCUGUCAGUUAAAAACUACACAUACAUGCACAAGUUCGCAGAGAGUGGCUGUCUACAGAAGCAAGGAUUUUAAAAAAUAAAAGAAAAAUAAUAAUUUACUGGAA